UCCCUCCUAUAACCAAACCAUUCACAUGUUUUCUUCUCCAAAUCACAACCACCAGCUUCAUCCUCCCUCAAAUUUCUUAUACAAAGUCACAUACACCUAUAUAUACACCAUUAUCAUCCACAUUAUCCAUAUGACUUGAGCAAAGCUCCAGAAGAUUCUCGAGAUCUCUCAAUUUUAGCGUGAUCUCCUGCACCUUUCUCUGCAAUGGUGGCAACUGCUGCUCCUCAUUUACUUCAGUUACCGGUUCGAUCGCCGGAGCUUCGAGUUCUGAUAACCGGCGGAUACGAAAUUUUCCGGUCGCGGUUGGAGUUUUCGUUCUCGCGUAAGAAUUACGCGACUCCUCUGAGAGCUCGAAAGUUGAGAGUUGAGUGUGUUGCGAAAUCGACUGAGCUAGAAGAUUUGGUGAAGGACGGCGGCGAUGAUGAUAAUGAGGAUGACGAUGAGGUUCGGGAAAAUGAUGAUAAGGUUUUAGCUCAUGGAGACUCUGUUAAUGGCUCUGUUAGUUCGCAGAGGAAUGUUUCUACUUCCGGUGGCGAUUCAUUGUCCCUUGGAAUCCGUGAACCUGUUUAUGAGGUAGUGGAGGUAAAGACAUGUGGGACGGUAGCAAAAAGGAAAAUAAACAGAAGGCACUUGCUGAAGUCCAGUGGUUUGCGUCCUCGAGAUAUCAGGAGUGUUGAUCCAUCAUUGUGGUUGACAAAUUCAAUGCCUGCUUUGCUGGUCCGUGAGCAUGCAAUUCUAUUGAAUCUAGGUUCUUUACGGGCCAUAGUUAUGCAAGAACGAGUCCUUAUAUUUAAUUAUAACCGUAAAGGAGGAAAGGCUUUCAUUGAUUCAUUAUUACCACGGCUAAAUCCUACAAGCACAAAUGGAGGGCCAUCUAUGCCAUUCGUAUUGGAGGUGGUUGAAGCAGCACUGCAUUCACGGAUACAAAGAUUGGAACAUAGGCUGUGGGAUUUAGAACCACGUGUCCAAGCACUACUUGAGGUUUUGCCUAACCGAUUAACUGCAGACAUAUUGGAGGAACUUCGUAUCAGUAAACAGAAACUGGUGGAAUUGGGUUCCAGGGCAGGGGCUCUUAAGCAAAUGCUACUUGAUAUUCUAGAGGAUACUCAUGAAGUACGUCACAUCUGUAUAAUCGGGAGAAAUUGUGUACUUAAGAAAGAAAACGAUGAGAUAGAGUGCUCCGUGCCCCUAGAUAAGGAGAUUGCUGAAGAAGAAGAGGAGGAAAUUGAAAUGCUUUUGGAGAAUUAUCUUCAGAGAUGUGAAUCUUGCCAUGGUCAAGCAGAAAGGCUCCUUGAUUCUGCAAAAGAAAUGGAAGACUCAAUUGCUGUAAACUUGAGUUCUCGAAGGCUUGAGGUGAGCAGAUUCGAAUUGAUUCUACAGGUUGGAACAUUUUGUGUAGCCGUGGGUGCUCUGGUAGCAGGUAUAUUUGGCAUGAACUUAAGAUCCUAUCUAGAGGAACAUGUGUUUGCAUUCUGGCUUACAACAGCAGGAAUAAUGGUUGGGGCUGUUCUGGCCUUUUAUCUCAUGUACUGGUAUCUGAGAACAAGGAAAAUACUGUAAGCAACUGCUGAUUCCGCAAUCAGAUUGACCAAGAUUCAGCUUGCAACUGCAGUAAGUGCCCAAAAAUUGCUGGAUACUAGCAUAUUCUGCAGCAUGACUGGGUGCAGCAAUAAGACGUUUACGAAGCGAUCCAUAGGUAUGCAAUUUGUUCGCAAUCAAGAUCCAUAAGAAUAGUGAGAGAAGGUGGCAGUCAAAUCUUCCUCAAAUUAUAUACCAAGUGUGCUAAUUUGGAGUAGCCAUCGCUCUAUUACCAGCUUGUUAUGUAGUGUAGUAUCAUCUCCCACUAUAAGUUACUUCCACAUUCUGAAAUAAAAGGUAUUGCCUCCAUAAAAGCUUUUACUUGCACCGAAAAUCUAUCAGAAAUAAUCACACCACCACCACUCAGUUGAACAAAGGGGUACCCUUUGAGAGAGUUCAACUGGCUUAUUUGAAUUAUCAUUCUCCUUUCCAAGCCAAGUGUGGACAAUAACCAAUUUAUGUAUUGAUAUUUGAACCCCUUUUGAUUCAAAUUAUCGUGUUAAGUUUGUGGUUUGUAUUCUCA